UGUGUUAUUGGGGUGGGCUACCGCGCCAUGCAUAUCAGGGUCUGGUCUGUGCAGCUCGAGCCUAACCUCCCCAGAACUUGCGUAUCCACCCCCUAGAAUGCCAGACGGAGGAUCCGUAGCCACUCUGACCGUUGAGGCCGUCCCUACCGCUCGCCGGGCCGAUGUUCUCGAAGAGCCGACCGGCGUGACCAUACACCUCCCGCCCAAACCGGCGCAUACCGCCGACGCUGCUCCUGUCGUCCUGGCACUCUCUGGCGACAGCGUCGACGCCGUGGAGGAACUACGCCAGCGCUAUGUUCACGCGCUCACCGACGGCACGAUGUCCCUCGUCGACGUCGCCUCCUCCGCCACUUGUGCCAAUGGCCCACCAGGGAAGUACCGCCUGGCGGUGUCUAGCAAGUCGAGGGAAGAGCUCGCGGAGAAGCUUAGUGCAGCCCAAGUCGUGCCCGUUCCCGACAGCCCACGCAAGGUCAUCUUCUUGUUUUCGGGACAAGGAGGGCAGUCUUUCGGGAUGGGAGCGGCGCUGUACAGGGCCGUGCCUACCUUCCGUCGGGCGGUCGAUGAAUGUCAGGACAAGCUUGUCUCGUGGGGAUUCGAGGAGAUGCUGCCUUUCAUACAGGGUACGCUAUCGAAAGAUGAGAGCGGUCCGGUCCUUGAGGCGGAGCAUACCGCGCUCUUCGCGCUCGAGUACGGUCUUGCGCGGAUGUGGACGGCGUGGGGUGUCAAGCCAGACGUCGUGUUGGGUCAGAGCCUAGGGGAGUACAGUGCGCUCGUCUGGUCAGAUGUCAUCAGCCUGGACGACGGCCUUCGGCUGGUCUGGCAGAGAGCAAGACUUACGAGGGAGCGAUGUCCGCGAGGCUCGUCAGGGAUGCUCGUCAUCAUGGCCGCCCCCAGUGUUAUUGAGGAGACAAUACGCGAAGACCCGUGCUACGAUAAGCUAUCCAUCGCAUGCCACAAUAGGUCAGUCGUCUUCCGUUCCCAGAAUUGUAGUUGCACUGUAUUGAGGGCGAUCAGUGACACAAACGGGAUUGUUGGUGGCGACAUGGAGCAACUCAAAGUCCUGGAGCAAGUCUGUCAGCAGAAGGGAUGGUGGCACCGCAUGCUGACUGUCCCCUACGCAUACCACACAACCUGCAUGGAGCCCAUUCUUGACGAGAUGUUCAACCUGGGCAAGACUGUGACAUUCUCUCCACCGACCGUCCCGAUUGCAGCCGCACUGCGCGGCAUCGUCGUCGAACCGGGCGACCAGUCCGCCUUCCAAGUGACCUUCCAACCCGACUACUUCGCUCAGCACGCGCGGCGCCCUGUUCUCUUCCAGGAGAGCAUCUACGCGUUAGCCGCACGGGACCCUGCGCUCGCCUCAGAGGGCAUAUGGUUGGAGAUCGGCCCGCACACGACGAUCCUCCCAUUGCUCCGGAUACAUCGCGCCGUCAAGGAGGAGUGCGUACAGAUGGGUAGCCUGCGCAGAGGGGAGGUGGAUGAGGAGGUUCUUUGUCAGGCGUUGGCACGUCUCUACUGUGCGGGCGCCACAGCCAAUUGGCACAACGUCUUCCGGGAGUUGGCUAGCCCUCGGGUCUGAUAUGACACUCCCCGCACCUGCAUGAUGGAUGUCCGCUGUAUUUGUGUAACGAUUACGCUGGAAAGUCAAUUGUUAAAUACGGGUGGUUAGUGAAAGACUCAAAUAAAUCUUGCGAC